AUGUCGUGCCACCACAAUUGGGCCCUCAAGAAGGCUACCGUCUGGCAGUCGAGGCCACAUCCUCGAAUCCAAUCAACAGUCAUCAUCUUAUUGCGUCCGAACGCAUCGAUCUGCGUCAUCUGGGAAGAGCUCAUUGGCGGACCGAUGGUAUACUUCGAAAGGUGUCUGUCGCAAUAA